AUGCUAGGCGUGGCGGUGCUUUGGUGGAUGUGGAGAUGGCGAAAUCACAGAGUUUUUGGUGACAACCACUGGACAUUGAAUCAGGUCCUGAGAAACAUUCUUCGUGAUGUUACUGUUUGGAAAAAGGUAUUGUUACAACUUCCCUCUCAACAACCAGCAGCAGUUGCGUCUUCUAUUCCAGGCAAUGCUGCUGAUGCAUAUCGGCUUACAACUGAUGGCAGCUGGGAUCCUCUUCGGAAUCGAAUGGGCUGUGCGGUGGUGCUUUGGAAUGGUAAUGGAGAUUGGGUUUCUGCUAUAUCUAUGUGCGCGGGACCUGGUUGUGCAUUUUUGGCGGAAGUUGCAGCUUUGGAGAUGGGGCUACAACAUGCUAUGGACCUUGAUAUUCAUAAUUUGGAGUGUUAUAGUGAUUGCUUUCAAUUGGUCUCAUUGCUUCUAACUGAUAGUGAUACUAGUACCUUUUGGGCUAGGGAUAGCAUAGAUCGGAUUCGGAGCAUGUUGGGGAGGUUCCACAGCAUUCAUAUCUUGCAUGCCCAGCGGGAGAAGAAUAAUACAGCAGAUGGAUUAGCUCGGGAGGCGCGGAAAAUUGGUUCACCGACCCAAAUUUGGGGGAGACCACCUUCUUUCGUUUAUGACUGCUUGUAUUUAGACGCGGUUAGCUAG